AUAUCAUGGGUACUAAUGUAGUUCUUAUUGUAUGAUAAGAUAAAAUGGAAAGAGAUCGAGGUAUUUUCUGCACAGAGUUUGUGUUGCUAACUGUGAUGGUUUUGAUUAAAGGCAUGUUAGUUAUUCAAGUUGAAGAAGCGGGGGAUCGAAUUGACGACCCACAGUACCACUGCGUCCCUACAUGCUUCAAUAAUAACUGUGAAUAAAGACAACUGUGGUGGGGACAAGAUUUUAAAUGAGAACGAGUCAUUUUUCCUGAACUAUUAUGGGGCGAAUUUAGAAGAGGAAGAUUUCGACAUGAACUUUCUUUCUGGAAAGAAAUGUACAUUUAAAAUUUCGGUUUCCCAAAGCAAUAAUGAAAUAUGUAUCAGAAAAAAGGAGACGGGGCGGAGUUCGUUUUAUAAGCUUCAGAAGUGCAGUGAAGUGUUCGAGUACAACAUUGAAGAUUUCACACUGAAUACAUACUCUUGUAUAAACUUUGAUUUUCAUCCUCUCUGUACAACACGUGGCACUGUGUCUGCUGUAUUUGUUUACGACCCAUUUUUUGUAAGCUAUGGAGAAGUAUCAUUAGAAUUAGAAAUCUACGCAAGGAAACCUCCCACCGAACGCGAAAAACAGUGGGAAACAUGGAGCAGUUGGUCAGAAGCCGACACUUCGGACUACUCCUACAAGGAUAAGGCAUCAUCUGUUGGACUAUUUUCAGUCAUUGGUUGUUUACUUUUUGUCUUACUUGUGGUUCUGUGGGCCUUUCGUAGCCAUAAAUGCGACCAGCCAUUAGUUACCGCAAAUACAGAGCAGACCGAGACGGUAACUCUACCUGAUAAUCCAUUUCGAAAUGCACAAGAUACUGGGCAACCUCUGAGGAAUGAUAAUCCACUCGAAGUUUCUGCCGUAGAUCCAUCAGAAGAUCCUUGGAAGCCGCCGGACUACCAGUCUGUUACACGUAUAGACCAAUCAUUGUAUGAUGAAAGAAAACCUCGCCAAAACACUUCUAAGGAAGCAGGACCUGACAUUAUUGAAGAUCUGGACGACCCUCCACCUCCUUAUCCUGGUAUUUAAAAUGUGUACAAUAUCCAGGCGAUCUCGAUGGCACUCCGCCUUUCUACCAACGUACCUUAGAUAUUAUGCAACGUUGAGCAGUUUGUGAUAUCUAUGUACAAUGUGCCUCAAUUAAUACCGAUUAAAGAUUCUGAUCUAAAUAUUUUGCAACAAUUUAAAGUUACACUUUUAUUUUAUAGUAUUCAUUGUUUUUAAAAUUGCCAACUAGACUGAAACACGCCUUGUUAAAAUGUAAGACGGACAUUUAUCAGUUAAAACCUUAUCAUAAGCAAGCUAUGUAAAAUAUUUUCAUCAUUUUUCAUCAAAUUUGGGUCCAGGUGAUCAAAACUGACGUUACUUUUUAAAUAUAUAUUUAGUUACAUUGUCAUAGAUUUGUACCAUACCAAAUUGUAUGAGGCUACGAUUAGUUUGUAACGGAAACUUAAUCGAGAGCAUGUUUAUGUAAUGAAAAAAAAAUCAAGUUUAAGCUUUUACUUUUACAUUUAAAAAAUGUAAAAAAGAAAUAAA